UUUCUUGCUUUAUUCAAAGAAGAUCUGAUGCCAAUUUACUAAGACAGUCCUGGAGUUGAAUAUAUGAAACAGACUUUAAAGAAGAAUCACAGUUGAAUAGCAGAGUCAGUGAGUGAACUAUACAAAUAUUGCUUAAACAGAAAAAAUACAGAGAUGGACCAUGCAAAGAAAUGAAAAGGGAAGUUGUAGUUUCUGAAAAGUACAGGAACCAAAGUAUUAAGACCGUGUCCACUGCCACAAUAAAAUAGAGUUGUGUCAUUAGUGAAUGAGAACCAUGAGGGACCACUUAAAUCUUCUCAUUUUUAUGUUUCAUUACAGUACAGGCUGUAUUGUUUCAGAUGUGGGUCAGACAAUGGUAAUAACAGGAUACACCGGUGGAUCAGUUGUGCUGCCCUGCUCCUGUGCUGACCCUCAGACUACUGUCGGGAACUUCACCUGGGGAUAUCAUCAGGGAAAUAAAUGGAUUCAAGUGUUUCAAGAUGAGAAAUACAGCGGCAGGCGUGUGCUGUUUGAUAAACUUUCUCCAACAAAUCUGUCUCUUCUCAUUUCUGACCUCAGAACAAACAACCAGGGCUACUAUAGAUGUAUGACCGAACCAAAGAUCUUCACAGAUGUUAUCUUAAAUGUUAAAGGGUGUGAUUUGGUUGAUAACAGGAGGACAGUUGUAGUGACUGGAUAUUCAGGAGCGUCUGUGGUUCUGCCCUGUUCCUGCACUGAACUACUGGCUAAACCUGAACACAUACAGUGGAAAUAUUACAAAGAAAAUAAAUAUAAGGAAAUUUACCCAAAUGAAGAGAUUGAGAAUUACAAGAACAGAGUCAAACUGUUCGAUCCAAACACUCCAGGAAAUCUUUCUCUACAGAUAUCAGCACUGACCACAGAGGACCGAGGGUACUAUCAGUGUUUUGUCUCGUCUCAGCAAAUAGUCUUUGUCAGUCUUCAUGUACUUCAUCCUGAAGAAAAAACAACACAUCAACCUUCACCACAAACACAAGAUUCCACAACUUCACAACUUAAACCGAUUCCAAUAGACCACACACCUCAAUUUGUUUUCAUUCUCCUGGGAGUGUUUAUCUCAGUGCUUUUGCUUGCAUUACUGGCGUUUAUGUGCUGGAGAUAUAGAGGAAGCAGAAAUGCUAAAAAGGUGACCACUGAUGGAGAAGAGCUAAAGAGAGAACAAGACAUUCAGGAUGACGUGAUGUAUUCAUCUGUAGUUCAUGUUAAAAGAGCAUCCACACCAGCUCACACACACAGUGAGCCAGCAGAGCUCACAGAGUACGCUAGCAUCAGUGUUAAACGCUAGAACAACAGUGAGCACUGUAGAGACUGACACCGCUGUAUCCUUUUGUUAUGAGUUUUCUGUAACCUCAACAUGCAUGCAAAGAAAUCUGUUCAUAGUUAGGAGGACAUUUAAGUGACUUGAAAUCAAAUUAAGAAUGAUUGCAAAGCAGGACCACACUGAGGAAGUUGUGUUGCCUGUCGUUAUUUUCAGAAAUGCAUGCACUGACAGAAAAAAAAAAAGUGUCAUGAGUCAUGUGCAAUCACUUUUGUGUGAAAUUAUCACAAAGCGACAAACAUUGUGUGUUGAAUAUGGUGGUUCACAUAUUUAAGUUUUAAAAUCACAACAUUAUUGUUUUCAUAGUGAGCCAUUCAUCCAAGUUUUUUUUUUUUUUUUUGUUCAUAAAAUGUAAUGAAAACUUAUUUUGUCCACAUAAACUCCAUUUCUCACAAUAGUCUGCAAACUCUUGUUUAGGUUUGCAUCCAUCCAAACAACUGAUGUUUUCAUUUGCAAUUAUUUUUGUUUUUGGCAAUCCAUUUCACUCACGUGUAUGUCACAACAUGAAAAAAGAGACCUGUCGCAACAUCAGUUAAAUCGUGACUUUUUGAGUAAACUGCAUUGACAAAUAACGGACUUAAAAAAUAGACAGACUGAACAAAUACUAAUGAGGAAUUUGAUGGUGUAACUUUAUUGCAUUAGCAAGUGCAUGACUGAUGAAAAUGUAUUUAUGAAUUCUAAGGAAGCAUGUCAGUCCAUGUCUGUGUGAGGGCAGCUGUUGAAAAUGACUUUCUUUUCAAAUGUAAGAAACUGCAAAGAUGAGCAAUAAUGAUAAGUGGAUUCAGAAGAGAUAGAGUACUCAAGUCUGAAGUGAUGAUACUGCCAUUUUUAUCUGCAUAUCCUGUAGCUUCUGUCCGUCACAUAACACAAUGCUGGAAGCAAUACUCAACUCACAACAGUAUUCAAAAACAUGUUUUAUAAAAGUUAUUUCUUUAUUUUAUACCUCUCACAUCUAACACACACUUUAAUGAGUUUAAAUUUAAAUGUUAAGUGAUCAAAUUUUGUUCUGCUGUGACUAAUAUGCCAUUUACUGAAUUGCUCAAUCUUGCAUGAGUAAAAUCUUGACUGAGAUGAGUAUCUGAAAUAAAAUCUUUUUUAUAGCAUCAACUCGGAACACGCUUGAUUCAAGCAGUGAAAUGCUCCUUAUGUGGGCGGAUAAAUCUAGUGUCAGCCCUGAAAUGUAGCAACGAGACAUCAUGUGGUUUAUGACGGAAGAUUAAUCAUAAAAACAGAGAACUAUGAUCAAAAUAAAACCUUUUAACAGGAGGUUUGGAAAAUUUCACUAAUAUAACAAAUGAAGGCCAUCUUGUAAGUUGUAAAGGCAUCAAGACAACAACAGAGGGAAA